UCUGAUGAAUGCAGAACUCCGAAUUCGUUGAAGUUUCAUCUGAAACCAUGGACGCCAAAUGACAUUUCAAUUAUCGAGAUGAACUGGCACAUAUUAACAAGUGAACAAUGAGUAAACUCGUGAGUGAUUAUUAUCUUGAGGACAAACAAAAUGCUUCCAAUCGAACAUAUGACCACGUUUAUGAUUUAUACGCUGGUGACGAAGAGGAAAGCUUCAUGAUCAUAUUUGGAAAUGGCUUCUAUGUCUACGUUACUCCAGUUAUUCUGAUGGUGGGAUUGUGUGGUAAUUCUCUUUCACUAUGUGCAUUUUGCUCUAAGAAAAUGAGACGAAUGUCAGCAAGCAGAUAUUUAGCGGCAUUGUCAAUAUGUGACUUAAUGGCUUUGGUAUUUUACGUGCUGAGUGAAUGGCUACGACGCGGAUUAAAUACGAUAGUUCCUGGCUAUCAUGGUUCGUUCCUGGAUACACCAGUGGUAUGCCAAGUGUGGCUUCAUUUGAGUUACAUGUCACGACUUUUAUCUGCUUGGCUUAUCGUUACCUUUACAUGUGAACGUUAUAUUGGUGUCUGUAUGCCGCUACGAAGGCGUAACAUGGGAUCCCUCAAAGAGACCAACCGAAUUAUUACAUUACUGUUUGUUCUAUCGUGUAUCGUUGCUAUAUACAAGCCGGUGACAAGUGAAGUUCGAGCGCUGAAUAACAUGACUGCGUGUACAAGCAAAGAAUCCUUUGAAUUCGAAGCGUUCGUUUUGGACAGCUUGUAUGCGCUGAUUAUAACACUUGCACCAUUCGUAAUUAUAUCAACGUUGAACAUUUUAAUUGUUAGAAAGCUUCUGAAUCGAAAGAGGAAAAACAAGUUCAAUUUGGUAACCGAGGAAAAUGCUAUAAGAUUAGAGUUCACAUUUAUUUUGUUAGCAAUUUCGUUUUUCUUUAUUGCGUUGAACUUGCCGUAUUUCUCCAUGUGGGUAAAACAGUUUUUGCAAUCGCAUUACUUGCAUUCAACAUUCGACCACACGGAUGAUCUUAGCUUUGAAUAUUGGCAAGGAGUUACGAAAAUUACACGAACAAUUUUCAACAUAAACUAUUGCAUCAACUUUUUUCUUUACAGUAUCACAGGGGCUUGUUUUCGACUACAAUUACGGGCACUUUUCAGCCGAUCACGUAAUUCUCGCCGGUCAUUUUAUCAAUAUCAACCUACUGGAAAUAGAACACAGUGUACAAAUUCGAGGUCCAGAACUUCGCGGGUAUAAUGAACAUGUGCUGUAUGGUUGCAAACCAAACAAGAGCGAGUUCGUCACGAUUUAAAUUAUUAAAUAACACAUAGCUUUAAUAACUAACAUUUAAAUUGCCUCCACAAGCAUGAUGUUUUCUUUAUGUGGUUCAAUGAACAAAGAAGGGUUUACUGAGCCCAGCGCUGCUUUACCCAUCAUAAACCACAAUCCAGUGUAUUUGUGAAUAUUUUCAGUGAAUCAUAUCGGGUAAUAUAUACCUUGUAAUGGCUUAGAGCACGAUCGCCCUAUAAGUAGUUUUAUAUUACCAGAAUAAUAUUUACAGAUCAACAUACAAAGAUCAAGCAUUUGCUCUAGUGUCCAUUAUAUAUGAAUUAGUUACAAAAAACGGCAGAGUUGAAUCAUGCAUGUUUCAGACCAUAUGGUGUUACUUUGUACAUACGUAAAAGAAAAUAUUAAACUUAACAUCUAUUUGUAAUAAUGGAUGUUGUAAAGAUACCAUAUAUAUUACUUUUUAUUUUGAACCUUAUUAAAACGUGUAUAGUAAAAUCGUUUAUAAGUUAUUAAUCGACACUUGUCUAUGUGAAUAUUAUCUAUUAUAUCUACUCUCAAUAAAAUAACGACAGCUCGAAGCAAUCUAGCAUUUAUUGAGACAAUCAAGUAGAGCUAACAGCUGUGUGGAACUACAUCAAAACUCAUUAAAACGUUAAUAAAAUAAUGAUUCUUCACAAAACCGAAUCAACCCGGGUAGCAGAGUUCAUUUUAUUUGUUUAUUAGUUAUCAGUAUCAUUUUGUUAUUAAAUGCUACUCUAUUUCCUCAAUUAUGUAGUCAGAAACUAAGGAGUUCCUCAUUUCGGAAAUAU